AUGGAAGAAAUAGGUGAACGGUACUUUGAUGAUCUUGUAUCUAGGUCACUUCUUCAACAAUCAAGUACUAAUGAAUCACGUUUCAUAAUGCAUGACCUAGUCAAUGACUUGACAACAUUUAUAUCUGGAGAAUUUUGUUUUAGGUUUGUGGAAAAUGAUGAGUUGAAUAAAAUAACAGAAAAAACACGUCAUUUUUCAUAUCCUAAAGGUCGAUUUGAUAACUCUAAGAAAUUUGAGUUCCUUUAUGAAGCAAAGGGUUUGCGAACCUUCUUGGGAGAAAAACAGUUACUGUUACCAUGGGAAAAUUAUAACUCUGUAGGGAAGAUAAUGAUAGAUGAUUUGUUGGAGGAAUUUAAAACCUUACGGGUGUUAUCAUUGUCUAGCAUGGGAAUAAGAGAGUUGCCUAAUUCCAUUGAUAAUUUAAAGCACCUUCGUUAUUUGAAUAUUCUUUGCACUAAAAUCAGUCACUUACCCGAUUCCAUAUGUAACUUGUAUUGUUUGCAAACCUUGAUAUUGUCACGGUACAUCACCAAGUUGCCUACGAACACGAGUAAACUAAUCAACUUGCGCCACCUAGAUAAUAGUGGAGCCAAAAUGGAAGAGAUGCCACCACAUAUGGGUAAAAUGAAAAAUCUCAUAAAAUUACCUGUUUUUGUUGUGGGCAAACGUGAUGAUGGGUCCAGUAUAAGAGAAUUAGUGGAGCUUCAGCAUCUUUCUGAAACUUUGUCUCUAUUGAACUUGGAAAACGUUCAAUGUAUAAAUAAAGAUACUGCAGAGGUUAUAUUAAAGAAUAAGCAAGAUUUAUCUGAGUUGAAGUUGGAAUGGAAACACGGUCAUGGCGCUGAAGAUUCAGAAAAGGAAAGAAUUAUGCUCGAGCAGUUGUGUCCUUGCACAAACUUGAAUUCUCUCACCAUCACUAAUUAUGAGGGUACAAGCUUUCCAAAAUGGUUAGGAGACUCGUCAUUCUCUAAAAUGGUGUCCAUAGAGCUUCGUGAUUGUGAUAAUUGCUUCUCCUUGCCUCCGCUUGGACAGCUACCUUACCUCAAGAGCCUUGAAAUUGAAUGUUUUGGUGAAAUAUCAAGUGUGGGCCCUGAGUUCUACGGGAAUACGAUUAACCCGUUCAGAGCCCUUGAGUUGGGGGGUUUGCCCGUUCAACUUCCCUCUUUGACCGAACUUCGUAUUAGUCAGUGUAAGCAGCUUGUUGCUUCGCUUCCUAAUUCUCCAGCUCUCCAUCAAUUAGUAUGCACAGGGAAAAUACAGAUUCCAAAUGGUCAUGACUAUCAAUCACUUAAAACUGUGUUCAUAGCGGGCGGCGGUGAUUCAAUUUUGUCAUUUCUACCAGAGUUUACUUCCCUCUAUCGCUUGGAAUUCUUUGAGUGCCUUGAUUUAGUUUCCUUUCCCAGCGGAGGACUGCGCGCUCCAAAUUUGUCUCAGAUUGUAAUAUUUGUGUGCAGAAAUUUAAAGUCACUGCCUGAAGGGAUGCAUACCCUCCUCCCAUCUCUCGUGGGUUUGAAACUGUAUGGGUGUCCAAAACUUGAAUCUUUUCCCGAGGGAGGUUUGCCCUCCAGCUUAGAAAGUCUUGCUAUACACGGGUGUGAGAAACUCAUUUCCCGUCGCAUGGAAUUGGGAUUGCAAGGUCUUCACUCUCUCAGAAGUUUCACAAUUUCUAAUCAUUGCAACGAGUUGGAGUCCUUUCCAGAGGAGGCGUUGCUGCCUCCUAAUCUUACUGAUUUCGCCAUCAGUUAUUUACCAAAUCUAAAAUUGCUCAAUGGUAAGGGGUUUCAACUCCUUACCUCUCUUAAAAACUUGCGUAUUCGGAGCUGCAAUAAUCUUGACUGCUUACUAGAAGACGUUUUGCCUACCACUCUUUGUGAGCUACAUAUUUCUGAUUGCCACUUGUUGAAAGAACGGUAUGGAAAUGAGAAAGGGGAGGGCCAGGUCAAGAUUGCCCACAUCCCCAGAAUAUGCAUACGUUGA